AGCAGGUCUCCUUUUGCGACAUUUUACGGCUUCCCAUUCACUUCGGCGUGAAGAUGGCGUCCGGCAGCGGGACAAAAAACUUGGACUUUCGCCGAAAGUGGGACAAAGAUGAAUACGAGAAACUUGCGGAGAAGAGACUCACGGAAGAGAGAGAAAAGAAGGAUGGAAAACCCGUGCAGCCAGUCAAGCGGGAGCUUUUGCGUCACAGGGACUAUAAAGUGGACUUGGAAUCCAAGCUUGGGAAGACAAUUGUCAUUACCAAGACAACCCCACAGUCUGAGAUGGGAGGAUAUUACUGCAAUGUUUGUGACUGUGUGGUGAAAGACUCUAUCAACUUCCUGGAUCAUAUUAAUGGAAAGAAACAUCAACGGAACCUGGGCAUGUCUAUGCGUGUGGAACGCUCCACCCUGGAUCAGGUGAAGAAACGCUUUGAAGUCAAUAAGAAGAAGAUGGAAGAGAAGCAGAAGGACUAUGAUUUUGAGGAAAGGAUGAAGGAACUCAGAGAAGAGGAAGAAAAGGCUAAAGCAUACAAGAAAGAGAAGCAGAAGGAGAAGAAAAGGAGAGCGGAGGAGGACUUGACCUUUGAGGAGGAUGAUGAGAUGGCAGCCGUGAUGGGCUUCUCUGGCUUUGGUUCCACCAAGAAGAGCUACUGAGCCUCUCUGCGAUGGGCCUCAUUUUGGCCUAUGCUGGACCUAACUGUGUGUGUGUGUGUGUGUGUGUGUGUGUGUGUGUGUGUGUGUGUGUGUGUUGGGGGGGUGGGGGUCAUUCCUUUUGGAUACUGGGGAAAGUCCUUAAGAGUGUUAAUGGAAGGACUCGGGGGUGGGUGACUGUGAUUCCCUCUGCCUUGGGGGAGGGCACAGGAUUCAGAGGUAGUGCUGCUGCGCAUUCCUUCGACCUUAGUUUGUCACCGGAGUCACAAGACCUCUUCCCAUCUGAGCUCCUGAUAAAUGAAGACAUCUCCAUCAGAGGCUGCUCUCCAGAAACUUCCCCUGCAUCUUUCCCUCUUCAUCUAUCCAACCUCCUGUCUGAGCAUCCCAGUUUUCUCCUGCGUUCUGCCUUUGUUUAAAUUUUAACUCUUGUUUGCCUGCAACCGAAGGGAUCUGACCAGCUCCUCCUUUCGCCAUCUUCCUCUGUGGUUCUUCGCCACCUGUGCAUGCAUGUGUACCGCUGCCUGGGUCAAUGGCGUGUGUGGAUAUGUGUGCAUGAAUCUGUCACAAAGAGGGGGCCUGAGCUGGAAUCUCAGAGCACUGCUGCCCUGGGGCCUAAUGUUCUUGGUUUCCUCAGCGCAUGUAACAGGCAAUUAAAUGGGAUGAGUGGUGUGGUUUGUGUCUGGUGAGUUUUUUAACAUUGUUCUUUUGAUGUAGGCUGUUUCAGCAUUUCCUGUUUGUUUCACCUUACUGAGGAUUUUUCUGUUUUGUCUUCCUUGCGAGCAGGUUCUUGGAGGAACCUGUUUGAUGCAAAGGAAGAAAAAAAAAUGAAAAAAACAAUACAAACCACCCUCCCCUCC